CCUCUCUCUCUCUCGCUCUCGCCAUGGCUCCUCCCAUUUUCGCCCUCGCCCCUUCUCAUCUCUCCUCCUCUCCUCCUCCCCUACCCCACCAUCUCCUCCGCGCCACCGUCGGAACCCUAGCCGAGUCCGCCGCUGAGCGCCGCGGCGGCGGCGGCGGCGGAGGAGGAAACCCCGUCCUCCUCCCCCCGCCCAUCGAGUCCCUCCGCCGCGGCGACUGGGUCAAGCUCAUCUGCGGCGCCAGCUUCGAGGAUGCGGCGGAUGUGAGGAAUCUUUCCCUCGUCUACACUCUCGCCGGAGUGGAUUGCAUUGAUUGCGCGGCCGAUGAGUCUGUGGUUAAUGCGGUGAAUGAGGGGAUCAAUGUGGCGUUGUCGAUAGCAAGGGUUCGGAGGCCGUGGGUGAUGAUUAGCGUCAAUGAUGAUCGAGAAGACCUCCACUUCCGUAAAGCUGAAUUCGAUCCUGAGGAUUGCCCGCGUGAUUGUUUGAGGCCGUGUGAAAUGGUCUGCCCUGCUGAUGCAAUAUUACUAGAGAGUUCGUCAAAGGGGAACAAGUCUCUACAAAGUGAUUCCUCAUGUGAUAAAAUUAAGAGCGGAGUGAUAACAGAACGAUGCUACGGGUGUGGUCGGUGCUUGUCCAUUUGUCCUUAUGACAAAAUAAGAGCUGUGACUUAUGUUAGGGAUCCUUCUUUGACAUCUCAUCUUUUAAGUAGAGAUGAUGUGGAUGCGAUAGAAAUACAUACGAGUGGGAGGGGCACUGAUUUGUUCAGUGAUUUGUGGAGUAGCUUGGGUGAUUCACUUGACCAUGUGAAAUUAAUUGCAGUUAGUUUGCCUGAUGUUGGUCCAUCAACAGUUGCUGUGAUGAAUGCUAUAUACUCAAUUAUGGAGUCUCACCCUUGUAGGUACAAUCUGUGGCAGUUAGAUGGCCGGCCAAUGAGCGGCGACAUCGGUCGAGGUGCGACAAGAGAAGCGAUUGCUUUUGCAGUUCGUUUGGCUUCUACACAGGAUAAGCCUCAUGGGUUUUAUCAGGUGGCUGGUGGGACCAACUCUCACACUAUAGAUUGCCUAAAGAAAGUGGGUCUGUUCCAAGCAGUGAACUUUCCUGAACGAUCUUCGGAGACGAGUGGUGCAGCCAAAUUGGAUGGUUCUCAGCAAGCUUUGAUUGGCGGGAUAGCCUACGGUGGUUAUGCUCGAAAGCAAAUUGACACUUCGAAAAAUUUACUGUUGUCGAAAGCUGAAAUGUACUUUACGACCCGCGAACAUAAGCUCCAAUCCAAGAUCGUAGGCAGGGUUCUUCGCAAGAUUCCGACACAACAUGGCCACGCGCGCAUCGAGGAUCACCUGGAGUUCCUUUUGGAGGCUCUGAAAGAAGCCUCCUCAUUGUUGGGGCCUGUUAAGUGCUACGACGAAUAUCUGACCUGAGAGCCAUUUUUGUCUGAUGUUCUUUGAGGACUUUUUUAUAAAAUGAUUCUCCAAAAAUUUGCAAUUUGUAAAAUGAUUUUGUCAAAAUUUUAUUUGGAAAAGUAACCCUUCUUUCGCCAUGCGGGCGUUACGUUAGAAUUUUCUUCUAGUAAGGCUGUGAACGAUUAACCGACUUUGUAAUAUAUAUUGUGAAAGCAAUGAAUGGUUCAUCACCGCCUUUAGUGCAAAUUUUCG